AUGGACGAUCCUGAUUUUCACCAAUUUGUGUACAUUCAACCAAAACCCGGUAUUAAAUUCAAUGUGAGUCGAGAGUUGCCUUCACUGGCUGCGCAGGCGUGUAGGAAUCUGCAGAAAGUCUUCAGCAAAAGAAGGGGCAAAGCACUAGACAAUGGAGAUGUGAUCAAACUCACCUGCAUUGCUCUUGCGAUACCGAUUUUGGUUGACAUUCUCUGCACCUUGUGCACUAGAAAAGCCAAACAUUACGGGAUUUCGGGUAGCGUAUUCCUACCAGUGAAUUUCGCUCUGAUUCACACGAUCUUCGUGGUGCUGCUGUUAGAAUUUCGUACCAAAGCGCCAGGAGCUCCCACCAUUGCCAGUUUUGUUGGCCAUCGUUUCGGCGUCGUUACUCACAUUCUAACCAUCACUAUCAGCCUCAUCACCAGCCUCUACAUUCUCACGGUCAACAUUACUGAUGGUACAAUGGUUUUGCUCGCUGUGACCAGGGAUGUGAGCAGGACAGCCACCGUAUCAAUAGUCUUCCUUCUUGUUGGUGUCAUGUUGGUAGUGGCACGACGCAGAAGCCACGCUUUCAUCCUCUACAUAAUCACUACCAUCGUCCUUGCAAUUUGUGCCUUCCUCGUCUUCAUAGUGUUAAAUGUAUCCGCCUACGCACCACUUGGUACGUUCCCAUUGUGGUUUAAUCCGUUUCUUUCGCUAAAAGUAAAGCAUUUUGGCUACCUCGGUGUACUUUAUAGAAAAUUAUCAUCAAAAGAAGUGGAAACUGGGGAGACUGCUGAUGGCUUCGCGAUAAUAAGUCACAGAUCGUGUGACCACAACCGCAAGAACUCAAGUAGAAGUAAAGCUGAGAAAGUGGAGUUCCACAAAGACCUAUGA